UUUUUCGGCACAUCCCCUGCUGUGGCCACCUUCGUCUACGUUGCCGACAAGGGAAAACUUCGUGGUGAAGACAGCGGAAGCGGUGCAUGUGCAGGUAUGCUUCGCGGUGGGCGUGUGUCCUGGCGCUUGCCAUCUCCACCGGAGCUCAGCCUCCACAGUGCACACGGCCAAGGCGAAGAGCGGCUGGGACGGUGCCCAUUUCAGACUGCGCGGGGCUGGAGGCGUUGCCGUCGCUGAUAACGCAGGAUCUUCACCUCUCAUUUGACGUUGGAGCUAUCGUGUGUGAGAAGCUCGUCACGCUAACAGUCGGCGGUGGCAUCGAGCUAGCGAUCCACGUCAGCCCCGGCAGCACAAGCGAAGGGUUAGGUGGAGGCGAAGGCGAAGACGAAGGGUGCAGGGAUCCCCCCGUGUCGGGAUUGAGACUCCGCAACGUCCGCGUCGGCGUGAAGAGCGGCGCGAUGCUCAGCGUCGGGGUGGCCGGCGAUAUUUCGUCGGACGGCAUGGGAUACGCGGGGCCUGGCGAAGGCACUAGCGCCCUGACGCUAGAGGGCGUGGCACCACAGGAUUCGAAUGGAGGCGCACUGGAGGUGGAGGAGGGGGGCGCGGCUGUGUUUCUGGUUCCGGUUCACUUCGAGGGGAACUCGGUCCAAAACGGUUACUCCGGCGGGGCGUUCCACACGGACGGAGAGGUCACCUUCGAAAACGCCGCGCAUUUCGUGGGAAACCGCGCUCUCGGGCAGGGGUCUCGGGGCCAGGAAGCACAUUCGUGCGGGGGGGGGGUGUCCGUCGGGGGCACCGGCAGAGUAGAGUUCUCGGAAUUGGCGAGCUUUGAGGAAAAUUCGGCGUGGAGAGGAGGCGCUCUGUGCAACCGGGGGUGGGCAAAGUUCUUCCGAAGAAGCUUCUUCAAUGGCAACCAAGCGUCUGGAGGUACAUCGCGAUUGUAUUUUCGGUGUCGCGCUUGCCGACCUGAACGACCUGAACGACCUGAACGACCUGAACGACCUGAACGACCUGAACGACCUGAACGACCUGAACGACCUGAACGUUGUUUGUUGGUGGUGGUGUUGUGGUUGUUGAGCCACCACCAACAAAUGUUUUGAGGUGGAACAAGCUUUCGUUCGAAACGCGGGAACGUCAGCCCCCACUACCUUCGAGGGUUCUAUGUACGAGGUCCGAUUUGGCAACGUCGUUGUUGAGGGAAAGGAAUCGUUCUAGGCCCUAGUGGCGAUGACUUGAAAGGAGGCGCGGCGGAGGAGAGGUAAUAGACUUUUUUCGUGACCACAGCAUUUAGUUACCAGAGCGAGCACACACUACCGAACAGACAUGCGGAGGAAAAACGGGUAAAUUGGAUGAGAACCGGUCACAUUUUGUUGGUCUACUUUCUUCUAGGUGGCCUCUGUGGCAGCGAUCUUGGUUCUUCUCUGACUGUCCCUCGCCCUCCUAACCCCCCCCCCCAAGCCCCCUCUCGGUUAUCGCACUCGCUGAAACCAAGUGCCCUGCUCCAUGCUGUUUUCGUCACGAUUUUCCUGUAGGCGCUUCGACAUGGGUAGGUGGGGACGGGGGUGCCGUGUUUACCGAGGAGGGUAGCAUCACGAUUUUUACGAGAAGGUCGACCAUGAUCUGGAACUGGGCGGCCGGCAGCGGGGGCUCCGUGUAUAACGCGGGGGUAUCGACUUUCCAAACCUCGGCUGCUUUUCGGGGCAACACGGCGGCGGCAGCGGUGACGACGAAGACGGCGCGGGAGUUCCGAGAGCGUGGAAGCAGCGUUGCCGCCAUCGCCGCCAGAGACAGAGACAGGGGGGGGACACUUGUUCAACCGCGGGUACUUGAAGAUCAUGGGUGAUGCCUCCUUCAUCGACGGUGUCAGCGCCACCGAUGGUGGCGCCUUGUACACUGUCUCCGGAGAAGACACGAUCCUUGGCGGGAUAACUUCUUUCCACGGCAACUCGGCGCGCGGCAACUGCAAGGACGUCUUCGCUGCGUUGGCGUACAGCGAAGUUAGGCUAACGACCACGAGCAGGGUGACGGCAACGAAUAGUUCCGCCGCGGCACCUGUCGCCACGACCGCUGCUGUCGCCACAACCACCACGGCUGGCGUCGAAACGACCGCGGCUUCGGGGUCCCCGUUGGGGCCGCCGGCAGCGUCAAUCGGGUCGAAGCAACGGAGGAUAGUCUCACGCUUGGCCCCAGAUGCUUCGGACGACCCUGGUGGCACAAUAGGGUCCUCCAGAUCUCCGAACAAGAAGAAACGAUCCAUCGCCGAGCGGAGAACACCGUGCCAACCGUAGGCAACUGCAUACCCGGUAAUAACGCUUGUAUGUGCCCCCUCCCCCAUGUGACUGGCGAACGGUUAUGGGAUGGCUGCUCGUCUCUGCAGCAACUUUCAGGGCGUCCCCCCCGACAUGCAUCUGACGAUUGCGUCUGGAAGAGGGGGUCAGCGGCGUGGCAGGCACACGCUGCGUUGUGCCUUUCGCCGUUUGGGGUGGUGAAGAACUUCGCCCAUUCGUUGUCGGUUGAGGUUUUGUGACGCUGAUUCCCCGGGAGUGUGUGUAGUGCGGGGGACCUUUGUGGCAUUGCUGAACCCCGUCAACGUCUUAGCUCCUCCCGAGUGCCAUGGUGAUGGCGUCAGGGCCUUGUACCGAAGUUGUUAAUGUGGUGUGCGGUAGAUUUGAUAUGCCGUGGUGGCCCACUUGCUGUCACGUUGGGAUCCGUGCCGCCCUUGUUCGGGUACCUGCUCUCCUGUGCUGCUGGUUGUAGAAUAGGAAAACGAUCACGUACCGCACUCUAUCGCAGCUUGCUUCAUGGCGUGAACCUGGUCGGUGACCGUUGUGGCCCAUGGUAGCUGCACUAUAGCUGCUCGGGUUUUGUGCAGGAAUCGUGCAUGUGUCAUUUCCUUCAGGGACAACAUUAUUUUCCUAUCGGGACGUGUCCGCUUAUUAUAUCUUUGCCUCCAAAUGAACCUGAUUUCUUGGUUAUCUUGGUUAAUCGAUUGCGUGGUACAGUAUUCCCUUCCUGUCGGAGCAGACGAACGGCGUUUGGUGAUGCGCAACUGCGAAUAUUGCGUAAAUCGUGGAAGUAAAACAAUAGGUGGGUUGAAACAACCGGUUCAACCGGUGGAAGUACGCCGUCACAAUUUGCGCGAGGGAACCAUUUACGCGGAUGAACACCACUUUAGGUCGUUGCGGGGGUAAGCAUGAAUCAUCCAGUUCACUUGAGUCAUAACCAUUCAGUUCACUUGGGUCUGUUUUUCACACACGUGGCUCUUUUUUUUCCCCACAAUUUUGUUUUGGUGCGGCUGCUGUGAGUGUCCUUGUGGAAGCCCAUUUCCGUUCAUUCGUGCAGCCGCCUACGUUCGCGAUCGGGUUUGAUGUGGUCCCCUUGCUUGGAGGCGGGACGAAUGAAGUCGACCCUCCCUGCAGGUAUUACCCGUGAUUCCCGCUGCGCAUAAAGCGUUCGUGAGAGCAAUUUCUGGCUGUUUCGCCGACCUCCGAUGAGUUUUCGAGGCAGCGUGAGAAGUCAUCCAAGACUGUGAGUUUCCAAGCGUCUCGUCAGCUCUGAGUACAUGCAAUGAAGCUCUUACGUCGUACGGCUGUCACCGGGAAAAAAUUGCACGCAUGCUGUUGGUGGGGUGUUGCCCUGGCGCUGUGUGUGGCCUUGGUCGUGCCUCGCUAUGAGAGCACUUGGCGCCGUUGGCCAGGCCCGGGGUAAUGAUCGCCGUUCAUCCUCCGUUGCGCGUUCGGUUUUCGAUUAUGUACCGAUCUUCAUCGAUUGGUCGCGAAGUCAGAUUGGCACCCCGUGGGGUACUACGGCGUGUUAGGUCAGGAGGAGCAUCUCUUUUGCCUACUCCGGAACUAUAUCUUGAAUUAUUUGGAUAACUUUCUCCCUCCUCCGAGUUUUCGCCAGUGCUAUCAUUCGUCUGGUAUUGUCUGGUGUGGACUGGUGAGGUCUCGUUGGGCAGCUCGAUCAUGUACCACCCAACAUUACUGCAAGCACGCCGGGGGGGAAGGCAGAAUAUGUCGUGUCGUGGGCGAGGGAUGAGUGACCUUUUUAGUACCCAUGCAUGGCAUGAUAUGCUAACUCACAUGAUCCAUGGGGUGUGUCUACAAAGGAUCGGGUGCUUACACCAGGAGGCUUGGAGGAGC